CAUGUGUAUGUCUGUUAGUAGUAACGCUACAUCUCAACCAUUCCGAAUAUAUAUCUUGCGUACACGAUAACCACAAUUUUCUUUCUAUAUUCUUACAUUUCUACUUAAAAAAUGAAAAUUUAAAAUAAAUUCGAAUGAUCUUCAUGUUUACUGUGAAAAUUCAAAAUUCUCCUCUGUUGGAUGAUUAAGAGAUAAAUAUAUUGAAUGGGCAUUAAUCUCUUGCCUAAUCACACAUCAGUUUGAACAAUGAAGUCUUCCUAUAUAUCUGUUCAAGUUUAUGUCAACGGAUAUCGACAAAGUCUAUGGAAAAGAAACAUACGUAAUGUUGUCACUUGCAUACUGGGUGCAUAUACACAAAGAGUGGCGACUUACUAAAAAUUAUUUGAUUAUUGGUCCUCCUGCUUAUAUAAUGCUCCAAGAAAAUUAUAUUUUUGUCACUGAAUUGGCACAUUUGUGCAGAGAAAGAACAGCCGCUUCUAUGAGUACCAUUCGUCUGUUGCACUGUGAUGGAAAAGAUACUAACAACAAAAGCGCUUCAACGUUUAUUUCUACAGAUAGAAUGGCAUAUGAGGUAUUUCUGGGUGGAUCCUGUAAUCCAACCACAUGGAGGUCAGAAAUAGCGAUACCGACUCUACAGAGACUCGGGAUCACUUACUACAAUCCCCAAGUGUCGCAGUGGGGACCGGAAUUAAUAGCUCAAGAAUAUGAAGCGAAACAAACAGCGAAAGUAUUACUCUUCGUAAUUGAUAAUCAAACACGCAAUAGCGCAGGCAUCAUUGAAGCAGCUCAGUUAGCAGCUACGCGCCGCGAGUCUUUAAUUCUUGUUAUUUAUCCGUAUCGUCAGGGUCAAACGAUACUUGGCGAAACUGUAUCUCUACAAGAAUAUUGUGACCUGAUGAAUGGAUUGCUAGUACUUCAGUAUCUGAUGGAGAGACAGAGGAUACCAAUAUUUGAAAGUGUAUCAGUUGCUCUGAAUUGUACAUCCAAGAUGCUACGUGAGGAAAUUAACGUGGAAGAUCUGCAUGCCGAUGAUGGUAUUAGGCCGAUUAAAAUAUCAUUCGGUCAAAAUGGAAUGGAUCUGGUUAUGCUCAGGGAGAUUUUCAAGUCUAUGGAUAUGAACGAUAAUGGGGCCGUCAACUUGGAAGAAGCUUGGAUAGCAUUACAAUCGAGUGUCAAGUGCAACGUACCAUCGAUGUCAGAGCUUCUUAGUGUCGUGAACAAGUCGGAAGCGUAUAGGACGUUGAUAGACGAUGGAUUUCCAGCGAAGAGGGAUCCAACGGAAUUACGGAUAAACUUCGAACAAUUUUGUGCCUUAGCUACCGAAUCAGCGUGGAGGACGAAGAGCAACGGCGUCUCUUGUGAAAGUGAGAUACCUUCAGUUUGGAGUAUUUUAUGUAGGAAGGCGUCGAAAUUUCUUCGCAGAGCUAUCGUGCAACCUUUUAACCGUUUCCUAGAUUGGACCAAUUUCUUCGUGCCAGAAUCCGAGAAGAGAGACUUGUACGUUGGAGUAAUCGGUAAAGAUCAGUUUUGGUUAGAAACGACCGCCAUACCCUCGAUCGAAUCUAUUGGAUUAUCCUUCUAUCGAUCAAGCCUGAACGAGUACAACGUAAAGGUGUUGCCACAAGAAUUGCAGAGGAUGAAAAAUUCACGGUUAAUAUUAUUGAUCGUACCGCAACAUUCGCGUGGUGUCACUAUAAUGGCAUUGGCAGCUCACCUGAUUGGAUUACGCGCAAAAUUAGUCCUAUGCGUUCAAGCGCUUCCCGAAGACUGCGUAGUUUCUGGUGAAAAGCUAACUGAACAAGCCAUAAAAGACUACAAUCGGGGAAGAAUGUACCUGUCGGACUACGCGACGCGCGAAGGUGUACCUGUUUUUCAGAAUAUCGCAGAUGCUUUGCAACAUGCGAUACAGCUAGUUCAGCAUCUCUGUUAAUUUUCUUCUUUUUUUUUACAUCCCUCCUUUUUACUCCUUCCUUUUUUUCUUUUAAUUUUCCUCAACCCCUUCCGUCCCUCUCCCGCUCCUACUCUUCUUCUUUUUCCUGUUUAUAUUUUUAUCUUUUUCUUUUUCUUUUUUUUU